AUGACUGCUGUUGGAGCCCAACUCUUGGUCCUGCUGCAGCUGCUACGCGUUCACGCUCUUGGUGUCCAGACAAAUAGGCACUCCGAGGGCGAGAAGGCGGUAAAGGCCAAGGCGCAUAAAGCCGCCCUUGGCGUGAUGAACAGGAUGGGCGUCACCAAGUACAAGCAUCAUAGAUUCAAGAGCGCCAAGAGGACGGACGGCAAGUUCUGCUGGCCUGACUCCGCCAACCGCGAUGGGCAGGUCUACGCUGGUGCGUCGGACCUCACGGACAACGUCUCGUGGGGUUGGCACCACCCGAGCGGAAUCUACAACACCAUCCCGGUCGGCAGCCCCCUGAUCGACGACCAGCUGAACAUCUACAUCGGGUCCGACGACGCCAUCCGGAAGUUCGACGUCAUGGGCAACAUCAAGUGGAGCUACGCACCCCGAGGCCAGCUCGCAGCGGCGCCCACCCUCGUCGCUGCCAGCAGCAGGCGCCAGGCGGCCCGGAUGAAGAGUGACAUGAGCGCGGAGGCAGAGGAAUUGUUGCGGCCAGAUUGGGCCAAGGGCAACGCUUCAGACACAGAGUCUUCUUUCCAGUUCUUCAAGGACUUCCAGGUCGGCGACGUCGUGAAAGUGAAGCCUGGCCUGAGCUACCGGGCGGACGGUAAGGAACUCUACAAGGACGGGGACCAGGGGACGAUCUCCGCCUUCGUCCCAGGGGAUGGCAAGGACAACAGGGCUGUCAUCCAAUGGUCGCGCACUGGACACAAAAGCGUGCUGGAUCUCCGCGCCAUAAAGAACCGCUUCGUGCGUGUACAGACGACGCAGGACGAUACUUCGCUGCCUCCAAUGAUUGUGGGCAGCACCACCGCAGGCUACGUGUUCGCGAUCGACCUCGACAAAGGAGAGGAGCUGUGGGCAACCUGGGCCUCGAACGACAUCGCUGGGGUCAAGGGGGCUGUGGCGGCCAAGGAUGGCAUCGUAGUGGUCGCAACCGACAGGUGCACUGACAGGUACUGCUACAGGUAUCGCAACCAGACCAUGUCCCUCUGGCCGGGCAAUUCCUACGUCCGGGGCUUGAGCGCUGCGGACGGCAGCGCCGUCUGGGAAUAUAAGACAAUGGCGCCCGUGUGGAAUAUGGUCCCGCUGUGGGGCCCAAGCUCCAACGUGUUUUUUCAAGAUUACGAGGGCAGGGUGUACAACCUAGACUUGCAGACUGGUGCUGAGAUAUGGAAGUCCGGAGGCAAUAUCGGGACGAACACCAACGCGGCCGCCGCAUACGAUCCUGGCCACAACAUGGUGUUCGCCCUCGGCAUGGGCUAUUACGAGGGCAAAUAUUGCAAUCCUUAUGUGGCACCCGGCAUCCUUGUUAAUUGCAACACAUGGCCAGGCGUCAGAGGCUGGAUCCGCGGCUACAACGCCACCUCCGGCAGGAAGCGAUGGGAGAAAGGGACGCCUGAGCCGCCGGCCAGCGCCGCCGUUGGCAUGCUCAACAGCCAGCCUGGUCACACUCGUUUGGUGGUCACCAUCGGCCACAACUGCAUGCACAACUCCCCGACGCAGAUCUGGUCCGUCGAUCCCCAUAACGGCCACGUCCGGUGGGAGAGGGACGGCCCGACGUUGUGGGCUGGUCACUGUGCUGGCGACAAGGAGGGUGCCGACAUCCGCAGGGCAAUGGGCGGCCGCGCCGCCUGCGUGCCGAACAGCUGGUCCACGCCGGCAAUCGAUGCGAACGGUGACGUGUACGUCGGCAACCAGGUUGGAGUUCUGCAGAAAUACGGCUCGCCAACCGGGAGGACAGCCGACGUCGCGCUGCUCUCGACUCUGACCACCGGCCACGCCUUCCAGGACUCGGCCAUCGCGUUCGGCGAAGGCAUCAUGGCCAUAUCGACGUGCACUUCCCUUAUUGUCUUGCAGACUUCGGAAGACUACUUGAACACCACGGACACCACAGUCACGGCUCCACCGAACCUUGAUGGGGAACCUUAUGGCUACAACCCCUUCCCUCCGCCUGCAUAA